GGAAGGGUUAUGAUCGAUCAUGAAGUCAAAGUAUACUAUACGAACCUUCUGACACAGUGGCAGAAGGACAUGGACAAUCUCUUGGUCUUUGCCGGGCUGAUUUCCGCAGUCUUGACUCCAUUCAACGUCGAAGUCUACACACUUCUCCAAUCUCCACCCACAGACCCAUCACUGGCCAUCCUUCAGCAGAUCUCUAUGCAGUUGAACAGC